ACUGGAGGCGGAGCUUUGGUAGUAGCCUGAUGGUUUUAAAUCGUGUCUGUUUAGCAUCAGCGGUUUAUUCUUCAUCCCUUCUUUGCUUCUUUUUUAUUGACCAUGACCGAUUCCUCUAUGAGUAACAACGCAGCGGAGCGCGUGGGAUACAUCACCCGAGUCCAGAGCUUCAGCGCCUGUCACCGACUCCACAGUAUUCACCUGAGUGAUGAGGAGAAUAAGAAAGUCUACGGGAAAUGCAACAACCCCAACGGUCAUGGACACAACUACACAGUGGAGGUAACUGUACGAGGAAAGAUUGAUCGUGUAACGGGUAUGGUUAUGAACCUGACAGACUUAAAGAAGUGUAUAGAGGAAGUAAUCAUGAUUCCUCUGGACCAUAAAAACCUGGAUAAGGACGUCCCGUACUUCUCCAGUGUUGUCAGUACAACAGAAAACGUGGCUGUUUACAUUUGGGACAACAUGGUGAAGAUCCUUCCCGCCAACCUGCUCUACGAGAUCAGGAUUCAUGAGACCGAUAAAAACAUUGUUGUGUAUCGAGGGGAGUAAACGUGCAAGAGCUGAAUGUGUGUUUGCGGUAGUUACUCAGGAAGUGCCGUUAAUCGCUGUUUAUAUACCUUCAGGUAACUCCGGUUACUCAGAUUCAACACAUUAAAACUAAGAUCACUUUAUUACUCUUUCAUUCCAAGGUUUAUAUACGAAAUCCAUGUGACGUUAUCAACCCUUACAACAAUGCAGGCAUCGCUGCUGGAGGUGGAAGGUUGAAAUGGUUUGAAUGGAUAAUAUGUAAUUACAGUUGGACAUGGCAACCAUCUCAGAUGCCUUUCGUCUACUAGCUGGCAGCCAAUAGCUUUUUGUGUGGCUGGGAUUCAAUCAUGUGAUGGCAUUGAUCCGUAAGUUAUCCAACAAAAGAAAAACCCGUCAGUUCAGUUCCCCGAUGUGGUGCAUCUACACGGCCAAGUAGAUGAAACCGGUUUUAGUGUUUCUAAAUGUUCUAAAUGUCCUUACAAGAUCUAGACGACUGGAGUUGGUCCAGCGCAAGUCCGGUCCUUGAGAUCUACUAUCCUGCAACUUUUUCCUGUGCACCUGACACGCUCCUGGUGUGGAUUGAUACGGUGGCUGACAGGUGCAAAUACAAAUACAACCAUUGUCCUGUGUAGAAGAAUUAUUCGUACAAAUAGAUAUAAAUUGCUCUUGUUCUGGAAACAACACAGUGGCUUAUUUACCAAAGUUGUUACAUAAUAAAAAGUUCUUUUCUAAUGUUAUUUGUUUCUAAUUUAAAUCUGUUUAAAAUAUUUUAAAUUAAAACAUUUAAAAAAAUCUUGGAACUUCUUGGGAAUGGUUCAGAGCCACAUCUCAGCCCCGUCACGUGCUCUUUAUCCAUGUUUCCUGGGUCUGAACCACAGAAAUCCUGAUGUGUUGUUUAUUAUGUUAGACAUCUUUGUGCAGCAGUGGAGAAAUUGUGGAUUUAUUUCCAAUAAAGUCUUUUUAGAAGUCA